ACUUCCCCACGAACUAUGGGACAGUGACAACCAACUCCUUGAAUCUUGAAUGAGAAGUCCCACGCACAGCCACGAAAUACACUUCUCCUUUCCUUCCCAAAGAGCUGUCAGUGAAAACCCUCCAGCGAAAAGAGAGAUAAGAGGGUUAGGGCCAACACCAGCAGUCAUAUAGCCCCAGAAGUCCAUUAAUUCGCUGUGGGAAGCUUCAUAAACUCGCAGGAGGAUGUCCCAGAGAGAGACCAUGGUCAACACCAAACUCCAGUGUGUGUUGCAUCACCUGACGAGUUACGAGCCCCAGGAGGAUGGAACUAGUGACGGGACCUUGGCAAUGGUGGAGGAUGAUACAGUGCUCCACAAACUCCAUUCUCACAUAGAUUUGAUGCUUGAUAGGGGCGGAGGCGGUGGGAACUCAGGUUAUGAAUGGGCCCAAAAUGUUGGUCUUAUGAACUUUGUACAAACUGUACUUGACCCGAGUAUUGUCAGUAAUCCAAAGAAUACUGGAACAGUAGCUUUUGCCAUUAAGAUUUUGGCAUCAGUUAUCAAAUAUGGAGAAACCAUUGAGACUUUUUCUGAAGAUAAGAUUCUUGUGCAUUUUCUUGUGAUCCUUCCAAGUAUAAGAAAUGAUCCAAGUCUGGCAUCUGCUUCACUGACACUUGUUAAAGCUCUCAUCAAAGACAAGGCUGGUCUUCACUGGAUUAUCAAAAAUGGAUUGUGGGAGAAGAUGUUAUUACCAUGUCUGCGGAGCCCAAGCAUGUUUGUGCAGCGAGAAGGGGUUGAUCUUAUCACAGAAGUCAUGCUUCUGCAAAUUGACACACCACAUUUUAGUGCAAUGGUGAAAGAUUUAUUAAUUAUUUCGGACAAGUUUUGUGAGCUCAGACAACAUGUUAAUGGGGUACUUAGUGAAGAGAUCCGACAAAGCAAUAUUUGUGUCCUAAACAUCUUCAAGCAAAUAUUUCUGCAGACACUUGGAAAGGCUGCCGUGUAUUCUCAGCUAAGAAAUGUAGGUGAUAUCAGCACAAGGUUGUUAUCCAUCAUAAAGCACAAGGUACCAGUAACAUCUGUGACGAGAGCCAGCGAUGUCCUCAUUCUCAAUUUAUUACACAGAUUUCAGGAAAAGUUGAUGGGUUACGGUAUAUUUGAACAGUUUCUGCUAGAUUCUCUAUGUGCUGAUAUAUUGUCACUGACAAAACUGCUCCUGGAGAAUGGGUACAUUGAAAGUUUUCUAAGGUCCUCGGUAAAUGCUCACAAGUAUUGGAGGAUAUUAGUGAACAAUCUGAAAGAGAGUAAGAAUAUUGAUAUAACCUCUGUGGAAUCAAUUCUGAUAAUCAUAACUGGCUUCCAGUUAACUCCCAUUGUAUCAUUAUAUCGAGCAUCCCUGGGUCCUAUAUUUACAGCAUGUCCAGAAAAGGAAAAGGUUAUUGCUAAGUGGAAUGAAGAACUGCAUAGUAGAAUAAAUAUAAAAGAAGAAAAUAAGAAUGAAACGGCAAAAUUGGAAAAGCAAAUCCAAAAGAUUCUGGAGAAAGACCCUGUUGAAGCUCUGCGGUUGACUGUGCUGUGCAUUUCCUCCAUCAUUAGUGCUGCUGAUCACCUUCACCUGACAACUGCAGUGACUGUAUUCCAAGGGCUAUCGUUUAUUUUGAUCUCUCACAACUAUUCUACCUCUCCGAUGUCCGAACACGAUGGACUUCAGAGGGCUGUCAUCGAUGGUCUUAGAAUACUUGUGGAGAAAUAUAACAUUGAUUGGAGGAAGUCUUAUGUGUCAGUUUGUCUUAUGGGUCAACUCUGUGAGCUCGUGAAGAUACCUGGUAUCUCUACACAGGUCAAAGUGGCAAUCCUGAAAGCCAUGAAUUCAUGCAUAAAUGGAUUUAUACCUCCUGUUAUGUCCAUGUUAGUUAACAGUGAGAGGAUGGAAGAGAAUAGCGUUGAAUUGAUGGGCAAGAUUUUAACUAUUUAUUUGGGCGACACGGAGUGGGAAGUUCGGGAUUCUGCGCUGGAGUUGCUCCUCACCUGUAUGAAGAUAGCCAAAGAGAAAUACCCAUACUUUGUGGAGUGGCUGUUAAGAUAUAGAUUAAAUGAUUCUCUAGGAUGGCCCUUGAGGCGGGCUGCGGCUGGAGCACAGGCAGAGUCCGGGCCUGCCCAGCGCGCCGAUUUUGUAGCUGCCCAGAAAGUUUUAUUUUCGGCUUCAAAUAUACCGGUGUUACAAAAGAAAAUACCACUGCAAAGGGGUAUCAUGGGGCUUGUCACCACACAGCCUACAAGUCGUACACCCAUCAUAGUGGCUGCACUAUUCCCGGGUGGCUACAAAAUCAGCGUGUGGGGCUGGCCCGGAAUCUGCCCCCUGUGCCGGCCGCUGUCCGAGACAGAAUCAGAACCAAAGCUCCGAUCCAACGUCACACUGAUUUAUAUCUCUUUAUACACAUCAUUCAUGAUUGCUACAGUACAACAUAUCACAGAUGUUCUCAACAGAAAUCAACAUCAUCACAGUGCCAUGAACUUGCAACCAAAGAAACUAUCACUAGGAAAGGAGGCUUUCCAUACAAAAUAUGCUCCUCCAAAGGAACGGAAAUCUAAUACAAUGAGCAGCAUGGUCAUUAAGACAAAUCUCUAUAAGAGUAGAGGUCAUGGAAUGAAAUCUGUGAUCGGAUGUUUUUACAAUCCACAGGUGGUUUUGCUUCUUUAUGCUGGAAUAAAGAAGCAAAACCUCUUAGGAAUUAACAGCUAUACUAGCAUAAAAGUUAUUGUCUUUCCCUCUGAAAAGGUGUGGUCAGGUUUGGAAUGA